AGGCGGACGCCGACCGGAGCCGGGCGGAGCCGAAGCCCGGCGGCUGGGCUAGACUCGACGCGCCGGGAGGAGCCGGCCGGCGGCACGUGACCGACCGCGGAGGCCGCGGCCCAGAAAUAGCCGCGGCGACAGUUCCGCCCCGCGGCGGGCGAGCCAGAGCGCUGGGAGACGGCUGGACGCAGGCUGGGCGCGCUGCGGCCCGGACGAUGCUGCUGAGCCCCGGCCCGGCCCGGCCCAGAGCACAUGAUGGCGAUACGGGAGCUCAAAGUGUGUCUUCUCGGGGACACGGGGGUCGGGAAAUCAAGCAUCGUGUGCCGGUUUGUUCAGGACCACUUUGACCACAACAUCAGCCCCACCAUCGGGGCGUCUUUUAUGACCAAAACUGUGCCUUGUGGGAACGAACUUCACAAAUUCCUCAUCUGGGACACUGCUGGCCAGGAGCGGUUCCACUCACUGGCUCCUAUGUACUACCGAGGGUCGGCUGCAGCCGUCAUAGUGUAUGACAUCACCAAACAGGAUUCAUUUCAUACCCUGAAAAAAUGGGUUAAGGAGUUGAAAGAGCAUGGGCCAGAGAACAUUGUGAUGGCGAUUGCUGGGAAUAAAUGUGACCUCUCAGAUAUUAGGGAGGUGCCCCUGAAGGACGCUAAGGAGUAUGCUGAAUCCAUAGGCGCCAUCGUGGUUGAAACAAGCGCGAAGAAUGCCAUUAACAUCGAGGAGCUCUUUCAAGGAAUCAGCCGUCAGAUCCCACCCUUGGACCCCCAUGAAAAUGGAAACAGUGGAGGAAUCAGGCUUGGGACCCAGAGCUUGCAAGCCAGCCGGCGCUGCUGCUGACCCAAGGCCCGCGGCGUUUGGAAGAAACUCGAGCCCUCUCCGGUGUCCAGGACGGACCCUGCCCUCGGGACUAGCUGCCUGCUGGAGAGUGAACAGCAUUGCAUGCUGGGACACCAGCAGGAUGCUGAGCUGGGAAGUUUGCUAAAAAGAGAGUCUAGAAAACUCCGAAAUACUCACCUUAUCACCACACCGUGGCCUUCGGUUUGUGACAGGCACACGACAGGGUUGUACUUACUAGGUUACAGGCAUAGUUGCCAUUCUUGUUGAAGAAAUACUAGAAGAUUUCUAGAUUUGUUCACAAACCUUGGCAUGCUAUUCUCCUCUGACUUCCCAUGGCGCCUAGUUGGAGUACAAUAACUCCUCCGGGGCCAGGGCCUUCUUCUCCGGGCGGUUCACCGAAAGGCAGAGGCAGUAUAGAAGGUUAGCUUCUAGGUGGCUUUGAGAGAAAGCGUUUAUUGGCUUCCCGAGGGAACUCAGAGAAGUAGAGCUGGUCUGUCAUUAGAACCGAGGACUGCUCUGCAAAAGAGACAAAAGUUGUAUUAGAAACUGCCAUCUCUGCCCCCUUUCAUGUAACCGAUGAACUUUUUUCUAAGGUAUCGUUAUGCGUAGACCAGCAAAGUCAGAUUAGAACAUGACAUCAUUUUGGGAGUGGGUUGUCCGGUGUAAAAGAGUUGGUGUGUAAGCACUGGUAGGUGGGGGUUAUAAAUAGCACCCUGCGUACCACCCAGCUUGUGUCCUCCCCAUUGCAAUGCGUUUCUUCUCUUGGAGAUGAUUAAUCCACAGGGCAUUGCUUUACUAGCAGACCAUGCCAGAGCGUCACGUCUAAGGGAAGAAUCUAAUCGCAGGAUGUUGAGUCUAAAUUGUAGGGCAAACUUCUGUUAAUAGCAUGGCUGCUACCAUGGCUGUAGCAGGCCAUCCAGAGGAAUGUUAGUUACCACCUUAAAAUUUGCACUCCCCCCACUCCGCCCCAAGGCAUGAAAUCAGAAUUACUUUGAUCUUCGCCAGCUUUGGAAAGAAAGGGCCGUCAGGCAGACAGAGGCAGGUUCCUGUCACCGACGGUGGUCGUCAACCCCGGGAUGUGUACUUACACCUAUGUUUUUCCUGAUUCCCCCAACUUGGGAGUUCAUUGAACCUUAGAACAUGGAGGGUAGAAAAUCCUUGUCAUGGCAUCUGUAUGUCACGUGCGCAUGUGCAUGGCAAGGCCUUCUCGAGGACUGUCAGUGCCUGUCCCAUGUUGCCAGCAUCGCUGGCUGGCAGGAUCCUCGUGCUGACAAAGACCUUAGUCCAGAACACAAACAGAAAACAAUAGAGUCUGAACGGAAAUGGCCCCUCUCCAGGUAGUACCAAGCUCGUGUGUGGACCUUCCCCUGCUGUAGGGAACCUUCCUGGGAGCUUCCAUUUGUCUAGCUGGCUGUCUAGAUUUCCAAGCCGAGAUGGUACUGUCCCCGGAAGAGAAUGUCAUGGCUUUGGAUUGGGUUUGCAGUGGCUGAAUUUUGCAUGAACCAUCUGGGCUUCGCCCCGACAAGUGAGCCACUCUAGGUGUAUUGGAGAAAAGCACAUCAGGGAACGAAGCCUCCCUUUUCCUGGGCUGCACUGCCCAGGCCAUUGUCAAGUCCAGGCAGAGGGUAAGUUUGUCUGUGCCGCCACCACGGACGAAGAGACCAAGUGGCCUUGGGCACACGAAUAUUCAUACCAUCUUGGGCCUUCUCUGCAGAUAGAUGCCUUUGGUGCCUUUCUCCUCUUGGCGUGGGAGUCCCUUCUGGGCUUUUUAACAAUUGGCCUUUAAUCAUGGAAAAACAUAGAAAGACCCAGAAAUUACAACUGCUCCAGUCACAGGCUAUAGUGCCCUUAUCAUCAUCCCCAAAUUUCCUUCCCAUCCCCCCCUUCUUUCUCUUACUUGUGGCCGGUUUGUAUAUGUGUAAAUAUGAUUGAUGUUGGCUACACCUACAUGUAACCCAUUUCAGAGUGGCUGGGUUUGGCUCAUGGGACACGUUGUCAAAGGGAAUCUUUCCCAGUAGAAAUCCCGAAGGGCAGUGCUAGAGUUGUUCAUGUGUUUUACAUAGGUACAGAAUUGACUUGCCAUUUUUUACGAAAAAGUGGUACAUUAAGGUACUGAAUAUGAUGUCGCUGUGCAGACCAACCUGCAUUCUCGCCAAUAGUAAGGGCUGUGCCCCGGGGGGACUCUUUCCUGAGGGAGGACCCGAGGAUUGAAACGUUCCCUCUGACAUCGAGGACUGUGGUCUGUGCAGGCGUCGCUCCUUGCCACUGAGUAAUGCUCAGGGCGGGCAGGGAGCUCUGGCUGUGCUCAGGCCUGACCAUGCCUUUCACCAUCAUUGGACACCCAGGGACCCACUAGUCACGCAGUCACACAGACUGUCGCCCUUUCCCGUGUUUUGGUAAAGGGUUUCUGCUUGGGCUGGACCCAGGUUUUGCACCUAGAUGACCCCUCCCCAGGCACCUAGGAUCUUCACGUCUUGUCCCUGUCCUAUGGUGACACAUUUUCCCCACGCUCAUUUGUAUCCAUUGCUUUUGAUUUUAACCCAUACUAAUAAAUAUUUUAAGUUUCA